AUGCCGUCCUCACUCCUCCUCAAAAUCAGUGUUCUAAGUUUAUUAAACUUGGCAUCCUCCUUACCAACUACCAUAUUUCAUGACAACACGAGAACAUGUCAAGAAUAUAUCAUUCCCAUCACCACCACUACAGUGGAAGCGAUCCCUGCCUUCCAACCAUUUAGAGAUAACUUCGAUGUUGUGGAUUUCGUAAAUCAGAUUGCUGCACGCGAUGCAGCAAAGAGUUUCGCUCCAUUCUCGGGUACUCGUAAUGCAACACAUUCUUAUGAUAUCUCGGGCACGAUAUGUUGGCCCACUGUGCAGACAGAGCAGGCCAAGACGAUACUGUUGGCGACUCCUGGUCUAGGGUUCGACAAACGAUAUUGGGACAUUCAGAUGAAUGCCGAAGAAUACAGCUUCGUUGAUUACGCUAUAUCUCGUGGUUAUUCCGUAUUCUUCUAUGAUCGUCUCGGCACAGGUCUCUCCUCAAAGGUUUCUGGUUAUGAUGGGGCCCAAGCAAGCACUCACUUAGCAAUUCUCAAACAGCUAUCAGUUCUGCUCAGAUCUGGUCAAUACACCGGUGGUGUGGGCAAACCCUCAAAGUUAGCUCACGUCGGCCACUCCUUCGGCUCGUUCCUGAGCCAGGGUCUCAUUACUCAAAAUCCCGAACUCUCAGAUGGAGCGCUGUUCACUGGACUUGCUUGGGAUUCUUCAUCGCAACCUCCAGCGCUCGAAUCUAUGGGAUUGAGAAUCGCCAAUACACAGAGCGAAGGCAGAUGGGUUGGUUUAGACAAUCAGUAUCUUACAUCUGGUGACAUUGCCGGUAAUGCAGCCUUCUUCUUCCAUGGGGAUAGUUAUGAUAAGCAGAUGUUGUGGUAUUCGGAUUCCGUGGCCCAGCCUCUGGCGAUUAUAGAGCUCUUAACUUUGACAACUUUGAUUACUGGGCCAAGCAAGUUCCAUGGUCCUGUCAUGGUCAUUAGCGGAGAGUUCGAUUUCCCACUUUGUGGAGGAAACUGUACUGAUACCUUGAGAGGUCCAGCGGAACUUUUCUUCUCCAACGCCACAGACCUACAGACAGUUGUGCACCCUAAGACUGGUCAUGCAAUCAACUACUCUUUCAAUGCAACGGGAGCUUAUGCUGUGAUGCUCGACUAUCUUCAUAAACAUCAGGUUUGA